AUGGACGUGAGCGCUGAAGCCAAACGGAUCAUGGCAGUGUCCAUUAGCAAACUGUACGCCUCCCGAGCACAGCGAGGAGGUAUGAGGCUACACCGGAGCCUUCUGCUCUCCGUUGUCAUGCGCUCUGCCCGGGACCUGUACCACUCCGCCUGCCUGGCCAAGGAGAGAGAGGAGCUGGGAACCGCACACCUGGUCCCGGUCACACCAGAGGAGGAUGCGAUGGAUACUACUGCCAGCGGGGAACAAGUCGAGGUGGAGGUGACCCAGGUCGAGCCAGAGCCUGAGUCCCCAACCAUCCAGGAGCCCAUGUCUAGUGACUCUGAGGCCGCUCAGGGCGCAUGCAAGCCCGGAAAAUGUAGUGGAAAGGAGACGGUGGAGGACAAAGAGAACCGGAGCCCUGUGAGCCCCGACAGGCAUUGCAGGAAACGCCGGGGGAAGGCGUCCGUCGCGCCCGACUUCCUCCCCAGCAAGAGGGCGAGACUUUCACUGGAACUGGGGGAGGAGAGGGUGCUUAGAACCGGCCGAAGGAACUGCUGCCGCGCCGGGGACGCUCUCACCACCCUGUCCCUAAACUCAAACCGGGCCAUCGCGGCAUUCUGA